AUGGUCUCCCUUGUCACGACUUCACACAACCCGGCGCUACCGCCCAACCCUGCUGUUUCUCGAGCGAAAAUGAUCCCCAACUCCUCUCCCGUUCCUAUCCUCAAAACCUCCAAGCCGGCUCGUGCGGUCGCCGGCACAAAACGCAAAAUGAGCGACACCGACCUCGCCCUCUCCCCCUCCUCAUCCCAAGGCGAUGACUUUACCGAAGAGCCCCCCAACAAGAAACGACCACGCGUUCAAUUCGACCAGGAUGUGAAGCUGCACGAUGCUGCUGGACCCGAUAUCUCGUCGGAGAAGAGCCUGGCCUUCGUCCGGGAGGAAGUGCGCAGUGCUAUCCACCGCCAUGUCACGAUGUCAGAAAGCGAAGGCUACGACCGAAUCAAGGGAAUCUUUACGGCCGACCCCAAACUACAGGGCGAUGAUUCCAUGCUUGCGUACGACUUACCAACACAUACGUCUUUGAAGAACCAUCUCCUCGGUCUUCUCUCACAUGUCGCUUCCUUGGAUCGUUCAUGCAGCGGACUUGUCCACGCUAUCAUCAAUAGCGAGUGGCUUGGUCGUGAUGAAUCAUAUGUGAAGCUCUACAUCCGGUUCAUGGGCAAUCUUGCUGCUGCACAAGGUACUUACCUUGGCCCUGUCUUGAAGAUGCUCGCCACCAACUUGGGGACUGUCCCUCGAGGACUCGGUCGACUCCCUGGCUACGCUGUUGUUUCACCAUCUGAAAUCCACACUCGCGUCCACAUGGCACUCCGUCAUCUGCUACGACUCAUCCCGGCUGCUAGCGGAUCGCUCUCCCCAAUUUUGUCUGCGCAGUUUCCCUUCGACUCAGAUCCCGCUAGCGCUAACGUGGCUUACACUCGCAAUCUUGUUCAAAUUAUCAAUUACACCCCUGAACUGCAAUCCGACAUCCUGGCUCUGAUUUUCGAGAAGCUUGUCAAGGUCGAUGUACAGAUUCAGGUGGAUAUGGAAGACUUUGAGGAGGAGGUUGGCGACGAGCUCAUUCACGACAUCGAUGACGACGAAGUCGACGAUGACAAUGAGUCUGUUGCAAGUGACGAUUCGGAAGAAGACGACACACAGGGUGCGAAGAAGAUCAAAGACAACAUCCUCAAGGUGGAUGGCAUGAUUGAUAUUCUCUUUGAAUACUUCGCUCCUCCUUUCACUUCGGGCAGCCUGGAUGACAAGGAGAACGCUUUGGACCUGCUCUUGAGCCACUUCCAGAGCAUUAUUCUUCCAACAUACCGGUCACGACACACUCAGUUCCUCCUGUUCCAUUUCUCCCAGACUUCCCCUGUGCUAGUCGAUCGUUUCGCCUCGACCUUUGUGCAACUGAUUUUCAACAGGCUGCAACCUGGUAUUCUGCGCCAGUCAGCAGCCGCAUACCUUGCUAGCUUUGUCGCUCGUGGUGCUCACAUUUCUGGCGAUGUGGUUCGCGACGUUUUCGACCUGCUUCUCACCCAUCUGAACAGUCUGCGCAUAGAUUACGAAGUGAGCUGCCGCGGCCCUGAUCUCCGUCGCUACGGACCCUUCUACUCCACCGCUCAAGCCCUGCUGUACAUCUUCUGUUUCCGCUGGCGCGACCUGACAACCGCUGCCGUUGAUGGCGACACUGCAGACCAAGUGGACGAACUUGAGCCAGGCCAAAUCCAAUUCCCUCCCAACAUCAAAGAAUUCCUCCACAAGUCCAUCUAUUCGCGUCUGAACCCUUUGAAGGUGUGCUCUCCAGCCAUCGUCUCUGAGUUCGCACGCAUCGCCCACCACUUCCAAUUUCUUUACGUCUACCCCCUCCUCGAGACCAACAAGCGCAUCCGCAUCACAGCCUUCCGAAGCAUCUCCACUCUCGCCGACUCCCGCUUCAGCCAAGUCGGCCGUGAGAUCCGCGCCGGCGAUAACAGCGGCUACCAACUUGACGCAUACUUCCCCUUCGACCCAUACCAGCUCCCCCGCAGCCGACGCUGGCUGGAAGGCGACUACGUCGAAUGGCGGGGUAUUCCCGGUCUGGAUGAUGCUAAUGACUCAGACAGCGGUGCCGACGAGGAAUCCGAUGAAGACAGCGAAGACGCAACGGAGACAGACGAGGACUAA